AUGUACAACGGAAUAGGGUUACAAACCCCAAGAGGGUCUGGUACCAAUGGGUACAUUCAAAGCAACAAGUUCUUUGUGAAGCCAAAGAGUUCGAAGGUUUCUGAGAACACGAAAGGUUUUGAGGGAGAUCAGGGCACCGCAGGUGUUACCAGGAAGCCAAACAAAGAGAUCUUGGAUCAUGACCGUAAGCGUCAGAUUCAGCUCAAGCUCGUUAUCCUAGAAGACAAGCUUAUUGAUCAGGGUUACACCGACUCUGAGAUCGCCCAGAAACUCGAGGAGGCUCGGAAUAACUUGGAGGCUGCUGAGGAAACUGAUGGAUCCGCUUCAGAGAACAAGUUUUCGGAUACUCAGACCCACCAAAUUGCUGCUAGAAAGGAAAAGCAGAUGGAAACAUUGAAAGCUGCUCUCGGCAUAGUUUCUUCUGAAGUCAACGAAAUGAAUACUGAAGGAAACGAUGAUGGGCCAGGGAAUGAUGGAAAAAAUGGUUCUAAUGCGGAGGGGAAACAUAAUUUGAAAAGUGAACAUGCCUUUUUGGACAGAGAUUUCAGUAGGAAGAAACAAAUGGUUGAAGAUCAAAAAGAUGAAAAUGCUAAGAAGAAGGGCCUUAAAGAUACAAGGCACCACAAGAAAGGUGAAACUCGUAAGAGAAAGCAUGAGGAUGAUUCAUUUGAUUCAGAUAGCAAUAUGGAUGAUGAGAAGGGAGGUAGAAGGAAGCACACUACAGAGAAUACGAACAGUAGUGAUGAAUCUGAUUCUGAUAGUGAUGCUAAGAGGAAGGUCAAGGCUGAAAAGAAGCCAAAGACAUCCAAGCACCACAAGAAAGGCAGGGUAGAGGAAAGUGAUGAUACUGAUUCUUCUGAUUCUGAUGAAAGCAAUGUUGCAAGGAAAAGUAAUAAAAAAUCAAAAAAGGCUCAUAAGAGGCAUGGCUCGGAUGAUGAUUCUGAUCAUCAUGAAGGCUUCUCCAAGCAUAAGACUCGAGAAGGGAAGCAGCAUACAAAGAUGAGCAAACAUCAUGAUUCGGAGGAGGAAUCUGAUUCUGAUAGUGAGGAAAAGAAAUAUGGUAGACUCGAGAAUCAGAAGACGAGGAGGCAUAGUUCUAAGGACAAGGACUCUGAUAGAGACAGUGCUAGACGUGCUUUGGGACAAGACAGAUAUGUUACAAGGGGGUCAUACUCUUCAUCUGAAGAGAGUAGCAAUGACAGUGAUUCAGAAAGCAAUUAUAGUGAUAGAAGAUAUGAAAAAACAAGAAAAAGUGGGUCUGCUGUAUUAAAGAAAGGUGGACCUAGGGAGGAAGUAAAUGACAGAGGUGGACAAAGUAGUAAAGGAUAUGACAUGGAAGAAAAUAAAUUCAGAUAUGAUUCCAGGGGUAAUGGUGCGGAAAAAGGGAAAAAUAUUGCUAAUGUUGAUGGAUUGAAUUCUCUAAGGAAAUCAUAUGGGAGAGAUUUUACAGAGGGAUCAAAAAGUAGAAGUCAAGAAAUGACACAGGGUAACAGGAAGAUUGAUGGAGAUGGAGAUAGGGAGCUUCUCACAUUGGCUAAGCAUGAUGGGGAUGACAAAAAGUUUGGUAAAACUGAGUCUGAAUCAAAAUCUAGAAUGUACCAAAAUGAUGAUCGAGAAAGAGAUGGUUAUUCUAAAUCAGCUAGGCUUGGAGGGCAUGAUAAUGAAUCACAUUUUGUUGGGCAAAUUGAUAGGUAUGGUGAGGAUCAUGAAGCAAGAAGGCACAGAAGAAAUGAUGAUGAUCAUAGGGAGCACAAGAGUAGAAGGGAUAAAGAUGACCAAGGAGGAAGAGAGCGUAGAAGGGGUGAAGAUGACCAAGGAGGAAGAGAGCGUAGAAGGGAUGAAGAUGAUCGUACAGAAAGAAAUGACUUAAGGGACAAGGAUGAUCAUGUAGAAAGAAAGCAUUUAAGGGAUGAUGAUGGUGAUUUUAGGGAAGGAAAGCAAAGGAGGGAUGAGGAUGGCCGUGGAGAGAGAAAGCGUGGGAGGGAUGAAGAUUAUCGUACCAGAAGAAAGCACUUAAGGGAUGAGGAUGAUAGUAGAGAAAGAAAGUUCAGAAGGGAGGAGGAUGAUCAUGCUGGAAGAAAGUUCAGAAAGGAUGAUGAUGAUCAUACAGGAAGAAAGUCCUCAAGGGAUGAGGAUGAUCAUGGAGAAAGAAAGCGCUUAAGGGAUGAGGAUGGCCGUGGAGAGAGAAAAAACUUAAAUGAUGAGGAUAAUCGUAGAGAAGGGAAGCACUCAAGGGACAAGGAUGGUCGAGCAGAAAGAAAGCGGGAUGAUGAUUGUCAUGGAGAAAGGAAGCAGCAAAGAAGGGAUGAUGAUGGUCAUGGAGAAAGAAAGCACAGAAGGGAGGAUGAAGAGCGGGGAAACAAAGGUUAUGAGAGGGAUAGCCAUGGGGAUUACUCCAAGAGAACCAAAUACUAUGGAUCUCGUACUGAGUGAGUGAGAGGCAUGAAAGUGACACAUGAACUGGGUCCAGGCACCGAGAAUACUUAUUUACUACUUUAAUCUUUGAGCGUAGAUGUGUGUCAGUUGUCUUAUGCUUCUGCUUUUUAAAGCAUGUAAUUUGUGGGUGGGUGAGAUUUAUUUUUUCAUGUUUGCUUAGAUUUCAAGUUCUGAAUUCUGACCGGUAAUUUUUCUUUUUUUCUUUUUUAAAAAA